GUUUCCGGAAGAAAAAGAAGAAUGACGAUAUUGCUCCCAAUAUUUUCAUACUUGUUGAGUUAACGUUAUUGAGAAAAGAAUAGAUAUGUAAGCCGGUUAAUCAACGAUAAUUGUGUUGAUAAGGAAAAGUGCUGGAGGGCAAAAUUACAUAUAUCCUAUUUCUACAUUAAUUAUCCUUAGUCGCGUUAGCACCUGUAAUGAGCUUAACAAGCGCGAUUCGAAGCGAGCAUACGCGUUUCACAUACACGUGCGAGCGCUCUCGCACACACCAUUAUAAAUCAUCGACGUCCUGCGCGCAGACUCUUUUAGAGGAGGAAAACGUCGAGGGGGAGUAAAGGAUGCUCGCCAAUUUUCGCCAGUAGCACCAGCUGAGUCUACUCGUGGUAGUGCGCUGUGUUGCGGUAACCUGUUGCCCAAGUGAGCUCUGGAUGGACGCGGAUGCCACGGUGCCGCGACACAAAUCACUCGAUUCACGCCACGUAAAUGUGUACGAAUGCGUAUACGCAAGUGAGCAUGUGUGCGAGCGCGUAAGACAGUCUGAUUAUUUCCCAGAUUUCUUCCACGUCAAUAAGCGAGGAAAAGGGCGCCUCUCUAAGAAAAUGGGCAAUCCAUCGGAAACUGUCGCGUGCUCGUAUCAACUAAAUUAAAUUAAAUCAAAUUAAAAUUCGAGCAAUGUCUCCUUUCUUUUCGUAACUUUCCGACAAUCCCGACGAGUAAAUAUUCAAAAGCUGAUAAAUGCAAAUUGCAAUUCGGUCAAGAAUUAACCAUUAGCAAUGAAACAAUUGAACGCGAGUUAGGCAUAGUUGUUGCGACAUGAAAUGAUAAUGGAUCGAUGAUAAUAUCGGAACAUCAUGAUGCAAAAUCGGUAAUAACCGACUAUACACCACCCCGUACGUAUCGUCGUACUUCCGAGACCGCUGGCAAUUUUGCGACAGGCGUGAUAUCGAUGAUUAUGCAGAAUUACACGGACCUCUUCCGCCGGCUGAAUAUAACCGAGGAGGAUAUCGAUUACGCUAACAGUCUCGGCAUCGACGGCCUCGCCGGCCGUAACGAUAACAGAUUUGGGAGCCGCGAUGGCGAGCAAGUCUCCAGAGAUGGAAGCGACCGCAUCGAGACGACACAGCUGGCGUCCUCGUGUUACUGCGAGGGUGUGAUUCGCGAUCUGGCGACGCAAUACAAAAAUUACCACGGUUACGCUUCUCUGGUCGUGUGCUCCUUCGGCACGUUCACCAAUAUGCUAAAUAUCAUCGUACUUACGAGACAAGACACGAAGACUGCGCCGAUUAAUCGAAUUCUCACGGGGCUGGCUACGGCCGAUGUACUGGUAAUGUUGGAGUACAUUCCUUUUGCGAUUUACAAGUAUCUCGUGCUACCGGAACGCAGGAUAUUUCCAUACGGAUGGGCCGUGUUCGUGCUGUUCCAUAUGCAUUUCACGCAACUGUUUCACACAAUCAGUAUCGCCCUGACGCUCACUUUAGCCGUUUGGAGGUACAUCGCUAUCAGAUUCCCGCAGUACAGUCACACCUGGUGUACCGGGAGACGUUGCACGAUCGCUCUUUCCUGCAGUUUCUUCGCUCCGCUUCUCACUUGCGCCCCAAGCUAUCUUGUGUUCGGAAUAAAAACGCAAACUGUUUACGAGAACGGCAUCGCGGAAGUAUUGUAUCACGUGGACGCCGAUUAUUCCAUCGAUAAAGGCUUUCUGUAUCAAUUAAAUUUUUGGAUACUCGGCGUAGUCGUUAAGCUUCUACCAUGCGUCCUUCUCACCGUCAUCAUCUGCUGGCUAAUAAAAAUCCUUUACAGGACGAAAGGUAGAAAACGGACUUUAAAGAGCUACAGCGACUGCGCUGUAAAAGUUGCCAAGCCAACCGGCUUGUCCGGAAUCCCGGAUCUCGACAAUUGCAACGAGGCGUUUGAUAAUAAUAAAAAGGAUGGAUAUCCACGGAGGACAAGUAAAUCUGACAAGCAAACAGACAGAACGACGAGGAUGCUUGUAGUGGUGCUGUUGCUGUUCCUCAUGACGGAAAUCCCUCAAGGCAUCCUCGGCUUACUCUCCGCGGCUCUGGGCGAUUGCUUCUUUCGUAAUUGUUAUCACAAAUUCGGAGAGCUGAUGGAUAUCUUAGCGCUAUUAAAUGGCAGCAUAAACUUUAUCUUAUAUUGCUCCAUGUCGCGGCAAUUUCGUAUGAUUUUUGGACAAUUGUUCAAACCCAGAAUUAUCAACAACUGGUCAAUGAUAAACCAGCAUCAAACCGAUGUACAAAGCACAUAUGUUUAACGGAAGUUUGCAAGUCAUUUCAUGAAAUAUUCUCGAAAUUAUUUUAAAACGUAUAUCAAAUGUAAUUCACAAGUAUAUAUAUAUAUAUAUAUAAUGUCUUACACAAAAUUUCUGCAAUAUUAGGUACAUUAUAAAUCAAAUAUAUGCGCGACGUGUAUGGCGUGCAAACUCUUUUGAUUCAAAUAAAUUUCAUAAAUACGUGUUUCCCUUUGCGCGCACGAGCGCACAGUCAACCUCUUUACAGGAAAUUUUGUAAUUUUAUCUCGUUACAGUCUCGAUAGAGCCUGCAGUACGCAAUCUAUGUAUCUUUUCGAGACGAAUAGAUAAAUAAAUAACGACAUGUAAUUAAAGCCAA